GAAAUUUGUACUUUGACUAAUUGUUGUGCAUGUAUUCGUCAAAUUUGGGCUCUCGAUCCAGCUCCAGUUGUUUGAGUGUGAAAGAGGUGUUAUAGUGGGCUAGAUCCCGCGUUGGUUGGGGAAUGGAAGGGUGAUUCGUUCAUAUGCACUUGACAAUAAUUGUCAUACUUUUACAUGGUAUCAUGGUAUCAGUGUCAUGUUCAUUUUUGUUUGGGCUUUCGCUCCACACUCUAGUUGCGCCUUGGCGUAAAUGGGGUGCUAGAGUAGAUUAGAGUCUCAUGUUAGUUGGGAAAAAUGGACUUGUGGUCUGCUUAUAUGAACUUGAACAAUUCUAGCAUGAGAUAGUUUUUAGGGUUGAGUUAGAACUGAGUGUCACAUCUUUACAGGAUGCUAGUAGAAAUGUACGGGAAAAUUUCUCCCCCGACUUGCUUGGGAUUGAGGCCUGGGGGUGAACGGGGUGCUAGAGUGGGUCAGAGUCUCAUGUUAGUUGGGAAAAUGGACUUGUGGUCUGCUUAUAUAGACUUGGACAAUUCUAGCCUGAGGUAGUUUUUGGGGUUGAGUUAGACCUGAGUGUCACAUCUUUACAGGAUGCUAGUAGAAAUGUACUGGAAAAAUUCUGCCCCGACUUGCUUGGAUUGAGGCCUGGGCGUGAACCGGGGUGCUAGAGUGGGUUAGAGUUUCACGUUAAUUGGGAAAAUAGACUGGUGUGAACGAAUGGCUUUUUCGGGAUCUAAAGAAGAUGGAAGAGAGGUGAAGAUUUACGAGUAUUUGGAUGAACUAAGCACUGAUCUAGCAGACUAUAUUUCAGAACUCUCAGAAGCUUCUGUGAAAGAGAGGGGAGUAUUUGCCAUCGCGUUAUCUGGUGGAUCCCUCAUUAGCUUAAUUACAAAACUAUGUGAAGUCCCUUACAGCAAGACUGUUGAUUGGUCCAAAUGGUAUAUAUUUUGGGUGGACGAACGUGUUGUGGCGAAGAAUCAUGUUGAUAGUAAUUACAAGCUAGCCAAAGAUGUUUUUUUGUCUAAGGUCCCUAUAGUUCCAAGCCAUGUACAUUCGAUUAACGACACAGUGACAGCUGAGAAGGCUGCUGAAGACUAUGAGUUUGUAAUUAGACAGCUAGUAAGGACUCGUGUAAUCAGCGUUUCAGACGUUAGUGACUGCCCCAAGUUUGACCUCAUCUUACUCGGGAUGGGACCUGACGGUCACAUUGCAUCUCUAUUCCCUGAUCACUCCAUACUCGAUGAGAAAGACGAAUGGGUAACUUUUGUUACCGACUCACCUAAGCCACCUCCGGAGAGGAUUACUUUUACUUUGCCUGUCAUUAACUCUGCUUCUAAUGUGGCUGUGGUUGUAACUGGAAGCAGCAAAGCAGAGGCUGCACAUUUGGCAAUUGAUGAUGUCGGACCUGACGUUCCGUCAUCGCCUGCAAAGAUGGUCCAGCCAAAUAAAGGGAAAUUAGUAUGGUAUCUGGAUAAAGCAGCAGCCUCAAAACUAGAUUGCACAAGAUUUUCAGAGUAGGGCCUAAGGGUUACAAGCUCCCUCUUGUCAACAAAAUGUACAACAAUAUGGGGGCACAAAGCAUGUGGAACUUAGUACAUUCUAAUCUUUUGUCAGGAUUUUGUAGUUCCAUCUUUUCUUAAUUUAGUGUGGUUAUUGACCUUUUGUGAUGGAUCAAGUAUAUUCCCUAUUCUUAUGCAAGGGGACAUCAAUAAUAGAUCCUUACCCACCUUUGAACUAAUAUGAAAAGACGAUGACCUAUGUUGUUCGGACUUUUCAAAAAAAUUGUCACACUAUUAUCGAAUUCUUUCAAAAUGUACUAUUUUUGGAGGAUUCAAAUGGU